AACCCAAAUAAAGUCCACCAAAUUUGCCUAUGUAUCCACCCUUGAUCUUAGCCUACAUUCACAAAUCUCCACUUUCCAAACAUAUCCUCACAAAAACAACCAAAAUAGUAUUUCAAUCAAUAGUUGAGGGAUCAUUAUCAUAACUCACAUUAUUACCUAGACUGUUCGUCAGCCACCUUGUUGUAACCACUUUUUACUCCUUCAAACCUCACUCACCAAACUCAAUUUCAUCUUUUCUCCUAAUCACUGUGCACAAAGGGUUUGAUUGUUUGAUAAUUGUAGUUAUAUUUGUGGAAGUAUGGCGGAAGCGAAAAGUUCGAUUGCGCAGGAUGUUACGGAAUUGAUUGGUAAUACUCCUUUGGUUUAUCUCAAUACUAUUGUCGAUGGUUGUGUUGGGCGCGUUGCGGCUAAACUGGAAAUGAUGGAGCCUUGCUCCAGUGUUAAAGACAGGAUCGGUUAUAGCAUGAUCUCAGAUGCUGAGGCGAAGGGGCUGAUAACGCCGGGAGAGAGUACCCUUAUCGAACCAACAAGUGGUAACACCGGCAUUGGACUAGCCUUCAUGGCUGCAGCAAAGGGUUACAAGCUCAUCAUCACCAUGCCUGCAUCCAUGAGCUUGGAGAGACGAAUUAUUCUCCGUGCUUUCGGUGCUGAGUUGGUCCUUACUGAUCCUGCUAAAGGAAUGAAAGGUGCUGUUCAAAAGGCCGAGGAGAUAUUGGCUAAAACUCCAAAUGCUUACAUUCUUCAGCAGUUUGAGAAUCCUGCUAAUCCAAAGAUCCAUUAUGAAACAACCGGACCCGAAAUUUGGAAAGGAACGGAUGGUAAAAUUGAUGCUUUUGUUUCUGGCAUUGGAACUGGCGGUACGAUCACAGGUGCAGGGAAAUAUCUUAAAGAGCAAAACCCUAACAUAAAGCUUUAUGGCAUUGAGCCUACUGAAAGUCCUAUCUUAUCCGGAGGAAAACCUGGUCCACAUAAGAUCCAAGGGAUUGGUGCUGGCUUUAUCCCUGGUGUUUUAGAAGUUGAUCUUAUCGAUGAAGUUGUGCAAGUUUCAAGUGAAGAAGCCAUCGAAACUGCAAAGCUUCUUGCCCUUAAAGAAGGAUUACUUGUGGGGAUAUCAUCUGGUGCUGCAGCUGCAGCUGCAAUCAAAAUUGCAAAGAGGCCAGAGAGUGCUGGAAAGCUGAUUGUUGCAAUUUUCCCAAGUUUUGGGGAGCGAUACUUGUCUUCUGUGCUUUUUGAGUCUGUGCGAAAAGAGGCAGAGAAUAUGACUUUUGAGCCUUGAACACAAAGGGUUUAGUAUCAUGGCUUUUUGUAGCCUAUGAAGAGAAAACAUGUCUUGUAUGAAUUGAACUCAUGAAUGAUGGGUUUUUUUUUUUUUUUCCAUGGGGCACCUUGUUCUAUUUUCCAUAUCGUUAUGUCGCGACGUGUUUGUUUAAAAUGUUGUGUAUCAUGUCACCGGCCUCUUUUUCAAAUAACCCGUAUAUGCAUGUUCUGGUA